GGUCGGUCGGUGGUCGGUCGGUGGUCGGUCUGUCUCUGAGGAAAGACUCGCUGUCAGUAACAGACACAUUUUUAUCGUUAACGUCGGUUUAUAACCAGAAGGCCGCCUCGUCGUUUCCCAUCAUUAACACGAGCGUUGAGCAGCGUCCUCUCCGUGUACAGUCUGCCGGGGAGGAGCCGCCAUUGUGUGUCCGGCGACCCGCUGUAGCUCCAGCUACUCCUCAGCAGUGUCUGACUCGGAGAAGGAGCAGCAGAUCUUGGCGUUCCUCCACUCGGGGACGAUGUCGAGACGCAGCCUGCGGCUCGAUGACGGCCUGUUGGACCGCAGUCUUCCACACGGCAGCGCCUCCUUCAGUGUGGGAGGAACCAGCUGGAGGAGCACCAGGUUGCUGAAGUCUCGUCGCUCCCAGCAGCUCUCCUCCUCCUGCUCAGAGUCUCUCCUCCUCAACACUCCUCGUAAACAGUCUCUCCUGAACAGCAGCCUCCACAGCGUGACCUCCGACGCCUCCCUGCUCUCCUCCCUGCUGGACGACUCCUCGGUCCAGGAGACCACGAUGGUCGACACCUUCUGGGGUUUGGACCAGGACAUGGAUCCUAAAGAAAGUACCAUCAUAGCGGAGCCGAGCACCGUCCUGGCAGACCGCACUCUGAUUGGUUCAGACGGUCGCUGUCCCAAACACGUGGUCCCGACGCCCAGCAGGGUUUACUGCAAAGACUGUGAGUCCACGUACUUCCCCUCCUCCAAAUACACCUCCUCCUCUUCCUCGGUGCCGGGACCGUCGGAGCCAGCGGAGCCGGAAACCUCCACCGUCUACUGCAGAGACCGGAGCCGCAAGACCCGCACAGGUGUGCUGGCGUCCGUGUGGGACAGGUCAGCAGCCUGUGUGGUCUCCCUGCUCGCUCUUCUUCUUCAUCAGCUGACGCUACAGAAACGCCACCAUGUGACAGAUGUGCUGCAGCUGUGGUGGGACUCGUGUGUGCUGUGUGUCCGGAGAGCUGCAGCCCGCUGUGCGUCUGCGCUGACACACACCUGGCAGGUGUGUCGGGGGCUGAAACCACAGACUGAGAACAGACGGGGAGCUCGAUCCAGUCACUGUGGAGUCAUGAACCUGAGGGAGUCCAGCACCAACCAGAAGGAGCUUCAUCCCAACGGAUCUCUGUGUGACGACUGUAAGGACAAACAUCACUCAGAGCCGGAUUCUGUCGCCUCUACCUGGUCCUCUACCUGGUCCUCUACCUGGUCCUCUACCUGGUCCUCAGUGGCUUCCUGUUUGUUGGGGCUGAUGUGGAGCGCUGCUGUUUCUACAGCUUCGUGUCUGUUUCAGCUCACUCACCAUGCCGCUUCAGCCGUUUGGCCUCUGACCAAGAAAAUGUGUUCAGCUUCUCUGAGCGCCGGACGCUCUGCAGGUAAUGCAGCAGGUGACGUGUACAGGUGGCUCAACAGACGACUGCAUCACAUGACCUCCAACUUCCUCCCGACUCGCUUUGCUCUCAGACUCCUCCUGGUUGUCCUCCCUCUGCUCCUCCUCCUCCUCCUCAGCCUGUGUUGGUUUGGUCCAGCUGGUCUACAGUCCGUCCUUCCAGCAGUCAACAUCACAGAGUGGAGGACGGUGGUCUCCGACGUCCCCGGUCUGUCCUCCAUCUACGGCUCCACGUCCCCCCAGAGCCACUCAGUGGAGGGCGCCGUGGAGGAGUCGAGGGAGGUGCAGGCCUUCGAGGAGCCGCUCUACAGUCGACCUCCACCGACUGAAACGCAGACAGGAGCGGAGGUUCUGACCCCUGACUUUACGCUGCCGUCAGCCGCGGUGGAGGAGUCGACGCGGCUCGGUCGUCUGGAGCAGAGUCUGGCGGCGCUGUGGGAGCAGGUGGAGGUCGGGGGGCGGCGGGAGGAGCAGAGACAUAGGGAGGUGCUCCGGCUGUACUCUGACCUCCAGCAGCAGCAGCAGCAGCAGCAGCAGCAGCAGCUGGUCUCCGUUCACAGCGGCGCUGGGGAGCCCUGGCUGAGCGGCCUGCUGGACCAGCAGCUGGACCAGCUCAGGACACGAGUGGACGAGGAGAGGCAGCAGAGGGAACAGACUCGGCAGCAGGAUUUGUCGCAGCAGCAGAGUCAAACGUCCCGUCUGGAUCAUCUGGAGCAGCAGCUGCAGGCGCUGGCUGCCAGAACCCAGGCGGUGCAGUGGAGACAAGAAGCUGCUGCAACAGCUUCACCUUCAUCCACAGUUCCAGCUGCUGUCAGUGUUGGUGUUGACCGUCAGUCCCAUGAUGCCUUGCUCGCGGAGGUAGUGCGGUUGGAGGCGGCUCUGGAGGACGUCAGGCAGGAUGUUGAGGGUCUGUCUGGAUGUUGGGACGGCUGCAGACGACUCGACAAAAUCCAGCAGACGAUUUCAGAGCAGGUCUCCGCUCAGGUCCGCGAGGAGGUUCGGACUCUGGUCUACGGCAACCAGCUGACAGUGAGGGGCGGGGCCUCGGGAGACGGCGGCGGCCUCCCGGACUCGCUCUUGCAGUGGCUGUCGCAGCAGUACGUCAGCGGGGCCGACCUGCAGGCGUCGCUGGCCGCCCUGGAGCUCAGCAUCCUGCAGAACAUCAGUCUGCAGCUGGAGCAGCGCGGCAGCGAGGAGGCGGUCAGAGAGGCCGUCCUGCACGCCACCGGGGCAGCUGGGGCCGCCGUGACCCAGGAGGAAGUUCAUGUGAUUGUGAAGAACGCUCUGCAGCUGUUUUCUCAGGACCGAACCGGCCUGGCCGACUAUGCUCUGGAGUCUGGAGGGGGCAGCAUCCUGAGCACUCGCUGCUCGGAGACGUACGAGACGAAGGCCGCCCUGCUCAGUCUGUUCGGAGUUCCUCUCUGGUAUUUCUCUCAGUCUCCUCGAGCUGUAAUCCAGCCAGACGUCCAUCCAGGAAACUGCUGGGCCUUCAGAGGCUCCACUGGAUUCCUGGUGAUCCGCCUCUCCAUGAAGAUCCUCCCCACCGCCUUCUCCCUGGAGCACAUUCCUAAAGCCCUGGCACCCAGCGGGACGUUGCACAGUGCCCCCCAAAACUUCAGUGUCUACGGUCUGGAUGAUGAGAGUCAGGACAGAGGGAAGCUCCUGGGCACUUACACCUAUGACGAGGAUGGAGAAGCUCUACAGACAUACCCUGUCACCGAGGAGAGUGACCGAGCCUUCCAGAUCAUCGAGGUACAGGUGUUGUCCAACUGGGGCCACCCGGAGUAUACCUGCAUGUACCGCUUCAGGGUGCACGGGAUGCCCGCAGACGUCUGAGGACGCUGCAGAGAUGAUGUCAGAUUACAUCACCUUCAAGCUAACUGCUGCUAACUGUGCCUGAGAGUCUCAGUGACUGUAAACUCACUGCUUUCCUUCCUGACCAAAUGUGACAACGUCUGAGUGUCGCCAUUUCCUGUGGAAAUAGGCGUAUGUAUGUAUGUAUAAUUCUUGUCAGUAGUUAAUAUUUUUAUACCAAUGUUGUUUUGUGUUUGCUGUUUUAAAAGUCCUUCGUGUUUUAGCCCAUUUUUCUGUGUCGUAAUAAAAAAAGAUGUGAGCAGAAAAUCUUGAAACUGGAACUACUUUUGGUCGCUGUAAUUGGUCCUCCUGCAUAAACUGGUGGUGAAGAUAUGAUGUGAUUUAAAGCAGAGGACAGAUGAAGUGGAAAUCAACCAAAGUUUUUUUGGGUUUUUUUUAGGAGAAAAUUUCCUCUUCGUGUUUCCAUAGUCUCUGUCUGCUCUCUGAGCCACAUUAAUAAUUUCAGAACGAUGCUAAUGCUACAGCUGUAGCUGUCUGGUUGUUGUGAGGUGAAGGAAUUUACUGGUCAAAUGAAAUGAGGUUUUUUUUGCACUCUUUAAAAAUUACUUGUUUAUUUUUUUUUAUUAAACACUGUUGGGAAAUGAUUUUGUUUUUUUACAUUAAAUAUUUGUGGUUUUGUAUGUGAUUUCAAGCUGAAAGUAAUAAAGACGUGAGUUCUUUUUAUA